AUGGCACUUCAGCCCUAUGCCGCCGAGCUCAGCCUCGCCCUCGCCGCCGUCCACAAUGCCUCAGUUCUGACCAAAUCCGUGCUGCGCUCGCUGAAAAAUCACGUCUCCGCAGAGACCAAAGCCGACGACUCGCCGGUAACCAUAGCCGACUUCGCAGCCCAGGCGCUCCUCAUCAGUGCAAUCCAUGCCAUCUACCCGAACGAUCAAUUCCUCGGCGAGGAGAGCGCAGACGCGUUGCGCUCCAAUGCGCCGCUAGCAGACCGCGUGUGGGAGCUUGUGCAACGCGCAGAGAGUCUGCAUGCAGAGAGAACCCAAAGCGGCUCUGCUCAGGGUGCACAGACACUUACCUUCCCGGCCAGCAAAGAGGAGAUGUUUGAGCUGAUUGAUCGUGGCGGGAAGGGCGAGCAGACUGCUACGGGCCGUGUGUGGGUCAUGGACCCUGUGGAUGGGACGGCGACGUUCAUGCAGGGCCAGCAAUAUGCUGUGUGUUUGUGCUUGCUGGCUGAUGGCAAGCAGGCUGUGGGGAUUAUUGGGUGUCCGAACUUGGCGUUUGAUGUUGAAGGGCCGCUGGGACAGAGCAGGGUGCAUGAGGAUCUUGUUGACGAGAAAGGGUUUGGAGUUGUGCUGUCUGCGGUCCAAGGGCAGGGCACAUUCGUUAGGAGGAUGAUGGAAAACGGAUGGGGAGAGGCGAGGAAGGUUAACCUGAGUGAGUUGCCAGAGAAGAAGCUUGAGGAGCUGAACUUCGUUGAGAGCACGUUGGGAAAGACCAGUCUCUCGCAGGAGGAGCAUAAGGCUGUCUGUGAGCAGCUCGGUGGGCAAUGGCCAGGCACUGUCAUUUGGGCACAGCAAGUCAAGCAUGUUGCACUCGCACUUGGGUCGACAGACGUGAUGGUUCGCAUUCCCAAGACUGUCGACAGAUUCACUUGUGUAUGGGAUCAUGCCGGCGGGCACAUCCUAUACACGGAAGCCGGUGGGCUAAUCAAAGACUUCCACGGCGGAGGCAUCGACUUCACACAGGGCCGACACAUUGCAGGGGAGCGCAACUAUGGCAUGAUAGCCGCGCUGCCAUCCGUCUUCGAGAAGGUGGAACGGGCCGUGAAAGAUGUCAUCGCCCGGAGACCACAGUGA